AUGACAUUGGACAUCAUGGAGGAUAUUGUGAUCGACGUGGUAGGGGAAGGACUCAAAGACAGCGCAGAGGAGCAGCUCUUACCUUUGGAUGAGUCCACGAAGGCUUCCAGCGCACAGAGUAAAGAUCGGGACUCCUACAGCCCGGAUCCGGCGUGUCCGUCCCCCGCUAAAAGCAAAGGACCCGCGUCCGUGAAGCCUCCGUACUCUUACAUCGCUCUCAUAACGAUGGCGAUACUUCAGAGUCCAAAAAAGCGGCUCACCCUCAGCGAGAUCUGUGACUUUAUCAGCCACCGCUUCGUGUAUUACCGGGAGAAGUUCCCCGCCUGGCAGAACUCCAUCAGACACAAUCUGUCGCUCAAUGACUGCUUUAUAAAGAUGCCCAGAGAGCCUGGAAACCCCGGGAAGGGCAACUACUGGACUCUGGACCCAAACUCCUCGGACAUGUUUGAAAACGGGAGUUUCCUGCGGCGGAGGAAGCGCUUCAAGCGGCAGCAUUUCCGCUUCGACCCGCUGAAGGAGCAGCACCUGGAGCCCAGCGGGCUGCACGGGUUCCCGCACGGCGCGUACGGGAUCGGCGCCGCGGCGCUGCAGCUUCCCAGCCUGGAGCUCUACCCCUACCUCCAUCACCACGCGCACUCCCCGUGCGGCCCCGCCGCCAUCCCACCUGUCAGCAGCAUCCUGCCGGCUCUCUCCAGCUUCUUCUCCCGCAGCGCGCUCACAGCCAAGGCGUUCCUGCAGGCGCAGCCGGGCGUCGAAGCCUUCUCCCCGGGUCAAUGCACUGCUUACUCCGCUCCUCUGAGCUCCGGAGCUCCGUACGCGUCUCCGGCGCUCUUCCACCCCGCAGCGUCCCCGCACUUCCUCAGUUUACACCAAGAAUAUCAGAAACUACAGCGAGGCAGCGCGGAGCUCUCCAAACACAUUAACACUGCGAACAAUGAAUAAUCACAAGAGAUGAACUCGUGUUUUCUCAGG